AAUCCGCCUCUCGCUCUCUCUCUGCAGUCAUCAUGGCGGAAAUCAAAACGGGAAUCUUCGCUAAAAACGUACAGAAACGGCUGAACAGGGCGCAGGAGAAGGUGCUGCAGAAGCUGGGGAAAGCAGAUGAGACCAAAGAUGAGCAGUUUGAACAAGUAGUCAUUAACUUCAGGAGACAGGAGUCUGAAGGCUCUCGGCUGCAGAGGGAGAUGAAGGCCUACAUGUCUGCUAUUAAAGGGAUGCAGCAGGCCUCCAUCAACCUGACCCAGUCUCUGCAUGAAGUCUACGAACCAGACUGGCACGGAAAAGACGACGUCAUGAUCAUUGGAAAGGACUGUGAUGCAUUGUGGGAAGACUUCCAUAACAAACUGGUGGACUCGACGCUGCUGAACCUGGACGCUUACCUGCAACAGUUCCCGGACCUUAAGACUCGUGUGGCCAAGAGGAGUCGGAAACUCAUUGACUACGACAGCGCUCGUCACAAUGUUGAAAGUCUGCAGGCGUCUGGGAUGAAGAAUGACCGCAAGAUUAUGAAGGCAGAAGAUGAACUGAAAAAGGCUCAGAGAGUGUUUGAUGAGCUCAACGUGGGUCUCCAGGAUGAACUACCGACUCUCUGGGACAGCCGGGUCGGCUUCUAUAUCAGCACCUACAAGAGUGUGACGAGUCUGGAGGCAAAGUUUCACAGAGAGAUCUCCCUGGUGUGCAGACAGUUGUAUGAAGUGAUGACCAAACUGGCUGAGCAGCACUCUGACAAAAUGUUUACCAUCCAAGGAGCUCCGAGUGAUUCAGGACCACUACGACUUGCGAGAACCCCAUCACCACCAGAAGAUGAGAGUCCACCAGAGAGUCCAGACGCCAGCUCCAAUCAUAUGCUCCGUCCUGUCUCACCUGGACCACCACGGCCCAAAUCCCCCACACAGUUUAAAAAGGGACCACCGGUUCCUCCACCACCAAAGGUUACACCUACCAAGGAGGUGGCAGAGGACCAGAUCAUCGACCUAUUUGGAGGAGAAUUUUUACCAGCACCUUCACCAUCGCAGCCUAAUGAACGACCUGGAGAAUCUCUUCUUGACCUGGACUUUGAUGCUUUUCAGCCAGAUGAAAGUGUCUCGCCAAUACCACAGACAACUAUACCUUGGGACAUGUGGUCGGGAAACGCACAAACAGCUCAGCCUCAGGCUGCAGAUGCCGGCUUCAUGGCUGACUGGUCCGCAGACUUUGGUUCAGUGCCAGCAAAUGGAGAUGCCUCUUCAAGAGCUGAGGCCCCUGGUGCCCCUGCUGUAGUGCUGGAGGGGGCACAGGGUGGGGCUCAGGGCUGGCCCCAGGCAGAUGACUUGCAGCCGGGUGGAGACACAGCUACACCUCCUCAGGAAAGCGAGGCAGCCACAGCAGCUGAAGACGAGGUGACCAGUGCAUUUAAUGGAUUUUCACAGGAUGCUUCUGCCCCAUCAUUUUUUGCUGAUUUUGAUAAGAUGAACAAAGCUAAUGCUGAAUCAACUGGGGCUCCUGGAGCCUCAGAGACACAAGCUGCUGCCUCGACAGAACCUGCUGAGGAGCAAGACAAACCUGCAGCCCCCCCUGCUGGAGACGAACCUGCAACCCCCCCUGCUGCAGUUGAACCUGCAACCCCCCCUGCUGGAGACAUACCUGCAGCUUCCCCUGCUGGAGACGAACCUGCAGCUUCCCCUCCUGGAGGAAAGGUGGAUGAACAUCCUGCUCCACCUGCUGGUGAGGAAGUCACAGCAGAAAGUCCUGGCAGCCCGAAGGAGGAGAACCCUGCUUCAACGGUUGGAUCUCCCAGCUCUGAGAAACCAGAACUUGGUGAGGAAAAGAUGCCGAUCCCCUCCGUGGUGAUUGAACCCGCCUCCAGUAAUGAAGGUGACGAUGACCGCGAUACUGACAUCAUCUCCCCCACUGCCAUAAGUGACAAUGGUGUUACUGCACAAAACCAGACCAUUAAACACAUGAGUCCAUCUGGUGGCAUCUCAGGACUCCCUGAUGACUUUCUCUAUAAGGUGGAGACAAUGCAUGACUUUGAAGCUGCAAAUUCAGAUGAACUUGAACUUAAGAGAGGUGAUGUGGUGUUGGUGGUUCCAACUGCUUCAGUAGAGGAUCAGGAUGCUGGCUGGCUCACAGGGAUCAAAGAAAGUGACUGGUUAACACUUGGAGCUGGUGCUCAAAAAGGACUGUUCCCGGAAAACUUUACCCAGCGUUUGGAGUAAGAGGUCUCUUUAGAUGGCAGAUAAAAUCAGAAGAAAUUUGAAACACUGGUGUCCAAGCAGUCCAGUCAGCAUGUAGCCAUCCCCGUCCUGAGAAAAACCUGUGGUCUCCUGCAGCUGUCUGCUGGACAACACAAGGCUUUCUCUGGUCUGCACUCUCCUGAAAGGGAAACUCAUGGUAAUAAAUACUAGUACUAUUCCCAGCAGAAGUGAAAAUUAAAAAGCAUGAUGUGAUAAUAUGGUCUACCUUUCCUGGAACUAAGAUCUUUUUUUUUUUUUUUUUUAAAGAAAAAAUAUGAUGUAUGGUUUAUUGGGAAUGUUGAAAUAUCUACAUGUUCACACCUACAAAAGCAGGACGUGUUUCUGGAGUUAACUAAAUGAAAAAUAAGAAAAACUGCACCUUUUUUGCACCGUGUGUUGUACUGAUUUUGUUGCUCUGCUGUGGAGUAUACGAGAAUCUGUAGUGCUGUGAUCUAUUUAAAUGUUUUUGAGUGUAACAUGAAUUUCUUGAGUUUGUAGUUUUUUUCAGACACAUCAUUGCUGUUACCUUUGAAUCACUGUUAGUGUAUUUCUGUGUUUUGGUUGAGUGUGUGGUGAUCUUUCUUUGGCAUAUGUGGCAAUUAAUGAAUUUAUUGAAAAGUGUUGCUGUGUUUCUGCCAAAAGAAUAUUGACAUGUGUUAUUUGAGUACUGGCCAACGUCAGUGCCCAUCCAGCAUGAAAAUCUCAGAACAUUUAUUGAAUUAAGUAUUUUAAAAUACAAUAAAAACAAAAUCUCCAUACUAUUAAAAUAUUGUAUAAUUCAAGUCUUAUAAAAAUUAUAUUUGCAAGAAAGUGAACCAACCAGACGACAGCUUAAUCUUAUCAGCCAUCUAUAUAUAAGUGUACAAUCACAGGGAAGGUAUUAACAAAUCCAAUAUGCAAUCUAUGUUGUCGGAUUAUUUUAGGUCUCCAUAUUCCAACAGUUCUGUAGAUCAAUGAAGUUGGUGUCACUUCCUUUGAUAGUGAAGUUAACCCCCAAUUUAGACAUUUUGUGAUGUACAAACCAUAACCAUUAAUGUCAUGAUCAAUAAA